UGUUUUUGUUGGUUCAAAGUUCGCUCUCAGAAUGCGCCGAGAGUCUCAGUGAGACAGAGAUAGAGAGAUGUCAUUCGCCCUCAACCAUAUUAGACCGUUAAUCUCUCACCAUAACCAAAUUUCCCUCCAUUUCCCCUUCUCGAAAUCUCGGAACUCGAUUCCCACCUCCUCCCAUUGUUCGGAACUGCCCCGUCUCGAUCCCUUGAGAUCGAAACCCGACACCCACGGUGAUGGUAUCCCUCCCGAGGAUGUCAAGAUCCUUGCGAAGUUCAAGUCCCGGUGCAACUACAUUCGUGUGCUCGAGGUCUCCCGGAAGGCGGACCACCCUUUCGCUGGGUCAAGGCUGCUUCUCCUCGAUGGGCCCGGGAACAUCCACAGCAUCUCCUUCCUCUUCAAGUCCCUGACAGGGACUUACUUUGACGUGUUUGCCACUCUGCCGCCUAUCCUGCCCCCCGGGCCGGUGGGCCUACUGGGGUUCGGGGCAGGGUCCGCCACGAAGCUGCUGCUCGAGCUGUACCCGGAAUUGGUGGUCCACGGUUGGGAGCUCGACCCAUUGGUGAUUUCCGUGGGGAGAGAGUUCUUCAACCUCUCAAAGCUUGAGAAGGAUUACUCAGAUAGACUAUUUAUCCACAUCGGAGACGCGCUCCAAGCGGGCGUGAAGGACGGGUUCUCGGGGAUAUUGGUCGACCUGUUCUCAAAGGGGAGCGUGAUCCCGGAGCUCCAGGAUCCGAAUACUUGGAAGAAGCUGAAGAAGUGCUUGAGGAGAGAUGGGAGGGUGAUGGUGAAUGUGGGAGGAAGCUGUGUGGAAGCAGAGGACUCGGGACGGGAGGGGAAGAUGGCGAUGGAGGAGACAUUGAAGGCAAUGAAGAAGGUUUUCGGCGGGAAAGUUCUGCUCUUGUCUCUGGGUUACCGGAAGGAGGAUAGCUCGAUUGCUCUCACGGGCGAUCUCCCGAACCGAGAAUCAUGGAAGGAGGCACUGCCCCGAGCUUUGCGGGGCUACGUCGAUAUGUGGACGCCCUUUUAGCUUCUAAAUGAGUUGUUACAGUUGAGGUGUUCGUGUUAAUUCCUCAGAGAGACUUGCACUAUUGUUUAUUCAUCAAUAUAUUCUCGAGUCGAGCAGA